UGCCAGGCCCCCCUUGGGCCCUCCCCCCUCCCCUCUUGGCCCAGGUAGAGCCCCCUCCCUCCCGCUGUCCCUGGUGCUGAAGCCCCUGGACCACCCUCAGCAUCCUCCGGGAGGGAGCCAAGGAGGCCAGGGGGGCCCCCCGGAGCCUGACUCUCAGCCGGGAUGAGCGGAGGGGUCUACGGAGGAGAUGAAGUCGGCGCCCUCGUUUUCGACAUCGGCUCCUUCUCCAUCCGGGCGGGCUAUGCGGGAGAAGACUGCCCCAAGGCGGACUUCCCCACCACCGUGGGCCUGCUUUCCCACGACGAGUCGGCCAUGGAGCUGGAAGGGGACAAGGAGAACAAGGCCGGGAAGGUCUACUACAUCGACACCAACUCUUUGCACGUCCCGCGGGAAAACACAGAGGUCAUCUCACCGCUCAAGAACGGGAUGAUUGAGGACUGGGGCUGCUUCCAGGCCAUCCUGGACCACACCUACAACAAGCACAUCAAGUCGGAGCCCAACUUGCACCCGGUGCUCAUGUCUGAAGCUCCGUGGAACACGAGGGCCAAGCGGGAGAAGCUGACGGAGCUGAUGUUUGAGCAUUACGGCAUCCCGGCCUUCUUCCUCUGCAAGACCGCGGUGCUGACGGCGUAUCCUUCUGUGCAGAGAAAAGGAAUAAGCCACCGGUCAUAUGUCAAGCAUUCCUUCGUUUGCAUCGUGAAAUCCCCUCUGGCCGGAGACUUCAUCUCCAUGCAAUGCCGCGAACUCUUCCAAGAGAUGAACAUCGAGAUCGUCCCGCCUUACAUGAUCGCUGCCAAGGUGAUGCGCUAG